CCUCAAAGUUUAUUCUUCAAUCACCGGAAAAGUGUUGUUUUGAUGAUUUGAAGAGAGUUUUGAGGAGGAUUUGUGAAGAUGACUGGUCAGGAGGAAAACGUACAAUCCUCGAGGUACACCUCAGGUCCAAAGCAAUUAGGAGAUCCAGAUGAUAAAUCAUUGCGUAAGGUGGAGAUUGAGGUCCUGAUCCCCAAAAUAAUGCGAGAUCGUGCCAGGGCAGAAAAAUGCACUGAAGAAGUGGCUGCAUUUGAAUCCUGCUGCAAGGACAAGGGUCUCCUGAUGGUGAUAUCGUGCCGGAAGGAGAAUGACAAACUAAAGAAUUGCCUGACAAAAUGGUAUCAAGAUGAGGUCUUCAAGAGUGAAUGCCGGCAAAUUUAUCUGGACGAAAGGACAGAAUUCCGUCGCACUGGGAUCAUGAAGAAGCAUCGGAAUCUUCUGCAGCAGCAAUAGGGAGAGCAGAGGAAGUCAGGGAAGAGCAUGUAUAUUAGAAAAUUAAAUCACAUUGGGAUUGAAUGUAAA